CCGCGGUCAAAUACGGCGCAGGGCAAUUGCAGUAUUCCAUCUCUCCAGCGCGGAAGUAAACGGGAACAUCCAGACUGGCAUAGAAUAAAUGCUAAGCAGUCAGUUCCAGCGAUGCGUAACAUAGAGACGGAAAACAUCAUCAUGAAGCGUUGCUGGGUUGUUCGUAAAGUUUCGUCGACAGCGCGCUUUGGUUUGAAAGUUUCAAUCGUUUUCAGGCAUGAAAAACUCAGAUAAAUAAUCACCAGAAGAAAAAUGUCUAUUGAAAGCGAUGCCUGGAUGGACACUAAUAAGUGCACGGGUGUUUUUAAUUUGUUGAAGUGUUUCAUAGCGUUCGAAAAAACUUAAGUGUAAUGUUAGAGCCCCCUGAGAACUCAUUAGUUAAUUGGCCCUGGAACUUCUAAAAAAAUAUUUGCAGUUUCAGGUCCGUACUCGAGGACAAAAAUCAGGAGUACGGGGGGCGGCUAUUUCAACCUAGAAUGUCUUUGCUGGGAAAACCUCUUAACUAUAAAACUUCACGUCGCGAUGCCCGAUACCGAAGAUUGCAGAGCCGGGUUUAUAACUUCCUGGAAAGGCCCAGGGGUUUUGCGUUUAUUUAUCAUUUUCUAGUAUUUCUUUUGGUUUUUGCUGGCUUAGUUUUAAGUGUGUUUUCCACCAUCGAUGAGUACGAAAAACAAGCCGGUGAUGUCUUGGUUUAUAUGGAAUCCAUUGUUUGUACCACCUUUUUCUUCGAACUAAUUUUGAGAACUUGGUCUUCAGGAUGUAGAUCCCGCUAUCAGGGCUGCUUUGGCCGGCUCAAAUUUCUAAGGAGGCCGUUUUGUGUUAUUGAUAUUAUUACCAUCGCAGCUUCAAUUGUAGUUCUAGCUCUUACAAUGAAAUCCGGAGGACAGGUACUAGCCGCUAGUGCUUUGAGAGGUCUAAGAUUCUUCCAAAUUUUAAGAAUGGUUCGAAUGGAUAGACGUGGAGGAACAUGGAAACUUUUAGGUUCAGUUGUGUACGCACACAGACAGGAAUUAAUGACUACGCUCUACAUAGGAUUUUUAGGAUUAAUUUUUGCAUCGUUCUUGGUAUUUUUGGCAGAAAAGGAUGUGCCCCAUACAAAGUUCAAUAAUUUUGCUCAAGCCCUAUGGUGGGGUGUGAUUACACUUUGCACAGUAGGAUAUGGCGAUAUGGUUCCGUACACGUGGCAAGGGAAAAUUAUCGCAUCAUUUUGUUCGUUAUUAGGGAUUUCUUUUUUUGCACUACCCGCCGGUAUUUUGGGCUCCGGAUUUGCCCUCAAAGUUCAACAACAACAGAGACAGAAACACAUGAUAAGAAGGAGACAACCAGCCGCCACCCUUAUUCAAUCCUUAUGGAGGUGCUACGCUGCAGAUGAGAAAUCCUUGUCGGAGGCAACUUGGAGAAUACAUCAGAUUCCAUACAGUCCACCAGCGAGAUCUGCAAGUAGUUUCCGACACAACGCAUCUUUCGUAGGCCGUUUGUCAACUAUUCGUCGUCACCGAAACCAACCCGGAACCAGCCUCCAGUCUCCGGCAUUAGUCCACCAAAAAAAUAUGUCAAGGAUCAACGCCUCACCUGUCAACUAUGCAAGUAAGUUUUCCAAUAAAACAAACUUUAUUAUUAUUGAAAUUUACCUAAUUUCCUUAAUUGAUUUGAGAUUUCUGAGCGAAUAA